CUAUGAAAUAUCACUGAAAGUAACUUGAAGCAUCUGUCCACGUCAGUCUAUGACUUUUACAACAUAACCUCAAACCUGCGAUCCGGUGUUCUGUCUUGCCAAUGAACAGGACGUUUGCUUCAUGUCAAUUUUUGUGUAUAUCCCUUAACGUAAACAAGGACAAUAAUACAAAAUGAAUUGGACUUUGUGGUUGUUUAUAAUUGGAACUUUUGGCUUUAAAUGUAUACGUGCUCAGGGACAAAGGGUUCCACCAGGUGUGUCACCUCAACAUUAUCAACAACCUGUUCAACAAAUGCAUCAUCCACCACAACACAUUCCGCAGCAACAGUUUCAGCAAGCACCAGGACACGUGCCUAUGCAUCAGGUUCCAGCUCAACAAGUACCAAUGCAACAACAGGUGCCAAUGCAUCAGGUACCAGUUCAACAAGGUCACGGUCAUGAACAUCCGCAACAAAUACUUAAUGCUGCCAACAUAGUUAAUGAAAAAGCCCAUAUUGCUGAACAUAUGGAGGUCCCAAUAGAUACUAGUAAAAUGACAGACCAGGAAUUGCAGUUUCAUUAUUUCAAAAUGCAUGAUGCAGACAACAAUAACAAAUUAGAUGGAUGCGAGCUUAUAAAGUCUUUGAUUCACUGGCAUGAACAAGGUAAGAAAGAGACAGGGGAAAAAUUAUUCAAGGAUGAGGAGUUGGUUACUUUAAUAGAUCCAAUACUUUCUAUGGAUGAUACGAAUAAUGACGGGUACAUUGAUUACCCUGAAUUUAUCCAAGCACAGCAAAAUGCUGCAGCUACCGGCCGCCCGUAGUAGUGUACAGCAGUAUAAUGUUACUUGUACUUAUUUUAAUUUCAUAUCGAACAAACAUACAGUUCCAUUUAUAAACAUUUCACGAUCUUCACUUGUUACUGUACGAGUAAUGGUUCUGACACAACUCUUUUACAGACAUCGAAAUUAUUUUGCUUAUGUUCAUGUUUCUCAAAUAGAAUAUAAAUUAAAUAAUUUUUUGUAAUAAUUAUAUAUAAGAAUCAUUUGUUUCUUAAAAUAGAAACAAAUUUAUUUUUUGUAUUUUCAACUGCAAUUUUUUCUUACAUAUAUAUGUUAUCUGUGUCGGAAAAAAUUGGAUUGUAAUAUAUACAUAGGAAGAAUUGGAAUAAAGUAAUUAUUAUCAUUUGUAAUUGA